AAGAAUUUGUAUGAUGUAAUGUAUGUCAUUACAUCAUACAAAAAAAAAACAUUGAUUAACUAAUGAAAUGUUUCAUUACCCUAUCCCUUUCCCGUAUUACCUACAUAUGACAUAACGGGUACUAUACCAUUUUAUUAUACAUUGUUAGUUGACUGAACAUAAUGCCACGGAACUCAAAGCGUAAGCGUAGAUCUUAUACGCCACCGCUUGACACUUUGAUUAAUAAAUGCAAAUCUCUAAGACAACGGAGCACGAGUCGCCAGCAUACACGUCCUAAAACAAGAAGCGGUUCGCGCACCAGACAUAGGUAUCACCACACCAGGCACGGAGACACGCGUUCACGUACUCGUUCCAGAACACGGAGACGUUCACGUUCGAGACGUAGUGAUCGUUAUGCCAGACGAGAAGACUCACAUUCACGUACGCGUUCCAGGACACAGAGACGUUCGCGUUCGAGACAUAGUGAUCGUCAUGCCAGACGAGAAGACUCGCAGUCACGUACGCGUUCUGUGACGAAAAGUCGUUCGGGGUCUAGAAAUACGGAACAUAGAGGCAGACGGUCGCGUUCUCGGACACGUAGCAGCAAGGAUCGACAACGCAGUACUCGCCGAUAUGUGAGAAGCCCCGGAUUUAGAGAUGAUCGCACUACAGUUCAGCAACUAAUUGAUGCGUUUAAGAGCCAUGGAACUGGACCGUAUCCUAACAUGCAGAAUAUUAUACCAGCAUUUGACCCCAGUACAAGGGCGCAAACCACUAAGACAUGGUUAAGGAAAGUAAAUGAAACUGCCAAAGUGUAUAAGUGGACUGAAAGCCAGACAAUAUAUCAUGCCAUACCUAAGUUAUCAGGCGUCGCUAAACAAUGGUAUGAAGGAUUGUCGACAUCCAAUUUGACCUGGGAAACGUGGCAGAAAAAGCUUCUUCAGUGUUUCCCAGAUGACAUGAACUACGCUGAUCGUUUAAUUGAAAUGAUUGACAGAAGGAGCAAGCGAGAUGAAACCCUUGAACAAUAUUUCUUUGACAAAGCAAAGUUAGUGGCUCACUGCAAUAUUAAAGGAAAGGAUGCAGUUGAUUGCAUCAUACAAGGCAUAUACGACAACAAUAUACGUUUAAAUGCUCAAGGAUGUGAUUUUAAACAUACAGAUAAGCUACUUCGGUAUCUGCGCAAUGUAUCCGCGAAAAAUGUACGUGACGCUAAGAAGCCGAUACCUCAUCCGAAAGUUGCGGAUGCUAAAGCCACGGGGAACUCAAAGUUCACUCAGUUUGACGCAAAUAAGUUAGGAGUUUAUGUCAAGGUGAACACCAUGAUUGAAGGUACAAAAACUGUUGAAGUAUACUGCGAUCCAGAAUACACUGGAUACUUGUAUAUACCUGGAAAUUCGUCCUUCAAAACUGGAGAAGAAGUAAUCGUUUUACAAGGUGUCUAUUAG